CCGAGGAAUGAAUGAGCUCGUUUAGGACUCUCGGAUGAUGAGGAUUUUGUGCCUAGUUAAUCAAUCACCUCGGUCAUCUGCAUGGCAAACCUCUGCAAAGAAAACGAGAGGGCCAAAGCUAUUUUCCGACGACUGGUUCGUUCUUGGUGUCGUAGAAAUGAGACUUUAGGAUAUAACCCAAAGAAGGAUUACAGGACGCUGCUGCUGGCAGAAGCUCUGUUAGAGGAAUGUCUGCUGGAGAACACGACCCUGCUGAAGAAUUCUACAUUUCUGACUGAACAAUCACAGCCCAAACUAGCCCGAGCCAAAGCUCACCUCGACAGCAUCCUUAACAGAGGACGCCUGGAGCCGCACUACCUGAAUGAAGCUCUGCUCCUGCUGUCUAAAGUGCACUAUGUUCAGGGACGCUACAGGGACGCCCAGGGCAUAUGUGCCAGAGCAGGUGUGGAUGAUUUCACCCGCCACGAGAAGCCUGUCUACCAACUACGCAUGCUGGCAGAGGCCUUUGUCAUCAAAGGUUUGUCUUUGGACCAUCAGUCUAUGUCAGGUGCUUCCCGUGUUAGACUGUCCGAGAGAGAUGAAGAAUGUCUGUCCUGUUACCUCAUGGCCUGUGAUGCUGGCCUGCUGUACCUGCAAGAGCUUGACAAGACUGUUUGCACGCCAAGUUCCAAAACUGCUAAAAGCGGUUCAUCAGUCCCAAAUUUGGACUUGGACCCAGGUUUCUUCAUGCAGGCAGCUCUUCAGAGCGCAUACCUGUCGCUGCUGAGAAAAGGUCACUUGGCUCAGGGAACUCAGCAGCUGCGGCGGGUCAUGAGGGCUGUGGAGAGUCGGGGUUCUCAGAGUUUUCGUAAGACAGUAGCGCGCAGACUUGCAGAAGUGUUGCUGGGCUCAGUCUGUGAGGAAGCGUACUGGGGUCCACUGUCUCCUCCACCACCCGGCUGGCUGAAGAGAGAAGGAGCCACACACUCCAAAAACGCCAUCUACCCCUCGUCCGGACCACCACAGCGCUACAACACUGAGGGAGCUUUCUGUCCACAGGACGUGGUUGAAGAGGCGGUGCUGGUGCUCCUCAUCACAGAAUCAAUGGCCAGUGGCGAGGCGGUGAUCAACCGCACACCGGAGCAUCAGGAGGCGAGGAAGAGCAGCAUGCAGGACGCCUCCUCCGUCUAUGACCUGCUGAGCAUCGCCAUGGCCAGGAGGGGGCAGUACGCCAUGCUGUCAGAGUGUUUGGAGCGGGCCAUGAAGUUCUCCUAUAAUGAGUUUCAUCUUUGGUAGCUUGGCUUGUCUUUGAUGGCAAGUGGGAAGAACGAGGGUGCAGUGUCAGUGCUUAAAGAGUGUGUAGCAAUGAAACCACAGGACCCCAUCCCACCUUUGCUUGCAGCAAAAGUGUGCAUCAACCAGCUGCACUGGCUGGAGGAUGCAGUGUCCCUCUCAGCAGGUGUGGUUGCUUUAGGAGAGGGUGCUGGAGAGUUCCUUCCUCGAGCUCAUCUGGCCAUCGGACUGUGCCGUAGUCUGCAGGCCUCUGACGCUACGCUGAAAGCCGACCGCGAUGAGUUCAACAGAAGAGCGCUGCAGUCACUACGGAAAGCACAUGCACUGGACCCUGGGGACCCGAUCUCCUUCUACCUCUCUCUGCAGCUCGCUCUGGUUCGACAGGUGUCAGAAGCGAUGGAGCCAUUGCAGUCAGCUCUAAAUAUUCGUGGGGAUGACCUGCACUCUCUACAUCUGCUGACUCUACUGCUCAGUGCCCAGAAACACUACCAACACACCCUUGAUACGCUUAAACUCGCCAUUAACCAGCACCCGGACAACUUUAAUCUUCUCUUUACCAAAGUGAAGCUGGAGGUGGUUUUGUUCGGACCCGCUGCAGCGUUACAGACCUGUGCAGAAAUGCUGCAGCUGUGGCAGAGUCGCUAUGAUUUAACCCGCCUCAGUGAGGAGGAUGACACUAGCAGCAUACCUCCUGAUCCCGGGCCGCUGAGCAAGAAACCCAGCGGCCUCCAUCUCACGCUCCCAGACUUCCAGGAGACAGAGACCGGGUCUCAGAGCGCCCCGUCUCUAGCAGUGUCCCGUCUGGAGCAGGCCAUGUCAGAGGUGUCGGCCAUCAGCUCCGCCCACAGGCACGGCCCCGCCUACAUUUGGACCACCCUGGAACGCAUCUGGCUGCAAGCAGUCCUCCAGGUAGAAUCACCAGUACAGCCUCUUGCUGAGCUGCGAUUGGUCCACGGGCCUGGGAAGUUGUUGGUGCGCACAGGCCGCGUGGGUCUCGGGGAGAAGAUGCUAAGGGACGCGAUACAGGUGGAGAACACGGCACACGAGGCCUGGAGCGGUCUAGGGGAGGCGCUGGAGAGCAGAGGCAGCGCACAGGCUCCCGACUGCUUCCUCACCGCAUUGGAGCUGGAGUCCAGCUGCCCUAUACGGCCCUUCACCAUCAUCCCACGAGAACUCUGACACGUCUCUCACACUCAUACACGUGUGUAUGAAUGACUGGAGCGAAUGCUGUUCUUCAAUCACUUUAAUGACACAUACUGUAUAACAAUAACAUUGCACGUUUAGGCUUUUUACUCCAAUGAAAGGGAAUGGUCUAAAGGUGUGGUCAGAUUAGUGAAAUAUCAGCAAAAUUUUGGGGGCAAAAAAGGUCUGUUGUCAAUAGAGAUGUAUAAAGCAUUGAUCACCCAGAUAACUCUUUCAAACAAGCAGCUUCCUGUUGUUCAGCUCUGGAAAUUCGCAUGACCAACUCGAAUAUGAGCGGAAACUGGGUAGGGAACUUUUUCGACUUGACUUGACUUGAAAUGACUGGAUUUCGCCUGCAAAAUUUCGCUAAGCAACUGUAAAUGUGAACACUCAUUAAUUCAGUAGCUAAAGGCACAUUCACAUUAGUGAAUUUUAAUGGGCGUAAAAAGUCCAUUGUGAAUUGUGUAUGAAGCACUGCUCAGCCAGGAAUUAACUUUCAAACCAAUCAGCUUUCCAUUGCUCGAUGUGGUGAAUGCACAUGAAAAACUUGAAUCUGAAGAGAAAUCUGCAUAUGGAUUGUUUUUGCCCUGACACAAAAUUCUUACAUUUCUAUUGAAAUGCCAACGAAUUUGAACUAGCAACUGUAUGUGACCUUAAACACACUGUCACUUUCAAACCAAGCAGCUUUCUGUUGGUCAACACAGCAUAUUUGCGUGAUCAAAUUGAACACAAGCAAAAUGCGCAUGGGCAACUUUUUCGUUUUUUACAUGAAACUUCCAGUCAAACGUCCAAUCGGAUUCUUAUCAUAAUGACUAGAUUUCGCAAACCCUCUUUUAGCGU